AUGUCAUCGGACCGACAGCAUACGAGCACCGAGCCUACCUAUUCCGCUGCCAGUUCGCAGGUGCUUCAUACCGUAAAACAAUCCCCGCCUACCGUAGCAGCGGAAGCGCCCGCGUCGCGAGAUCCUGCUACCUCCAUGCCGCCCGCGAAUGAUGCGAUGCCUGCGGCCCCUAAGCGACGUUUUUUUUCGGAAUUAGAGGGACCUGGGGAAGAGAAUCUCUCGCCCGUAGGGGGCCCUACUCUCCAUGAAGGUCCACCACGCUUGGACGAAAAGUUGCCCACAAAGGCUGCAGAGGACCACCUAAUCAAGGAAGGGGCCCUCCCUGUGAAAGCAACUGCGCCGGUGGAGAAAAAGGCGCCUGAAGCCCGCGCACGACAAAAUCGAAUCAGCACAAAACGUCAUAAACAAAAAAAGGCCUCCAAAAACCUUCCAGGAGCCGCAAAAGUGAGGGCAUCGUCUUUGGUGAGUUCCGAAACGCCUAGCAACGUCGUGGAUCCGCCACCGGUGGAGGAAAUAACCGCCGUGAGUGCACCACCUAGCGCUGUUGAAGCUCCACAACCUAUCGCCGUGGAAACGCAAGAACCACUCGCGCCGCCAAACCAGUCUUCUGAGGCUUCCACGGCAAGGCCUCGUGCCGCGAUGACAAAAUUUAAUAGUAUGAAAAUCCAUAAUACGAAUAAGAAUAAACCUUCACGCCGUAAGUUUUUUGAGGGGCUCGAGGACAUUGAUUCGCCUCCCUCCUUACCUGUGGAGGAAACCACUGCCGCUGUGGCGAAGGCCACGGAAACGCCGCAGGCUGCAAUCCCUGAAAAAAAGCCCAUCGAGAUGGAAGCGCAGAAUGAAAUGAGCGCGGCGAAGGAGAUGAAUGCACCGGAGGAAACCACGGCAGGCAUCCCGCCUUCUCAAGCAACCCCCCCCACAGGGAUGGAGAAAAUUUCCAAAAGAUCUGCCGUGAAGAGUGUUUCGAGUUACAGGCGAUCGCGCAAACAAGCCAGACGCAGGGGGAUGGUCGGAGAGCAUGCCUCGGCUGAACCCGAGGCGACUAGGAUCGCAUCUACCGAAGCCACGCCCGCGAAAAGUGAGAAUAACCCAACGCCGGAUGCUAACGAUGGGAAUGCGAGGAGGCUGACGGAAGAAAAAGAUUCUCAAGAACGGGAGGCGACGAUGGAUAAAAAGCCUCUCAUCAGAGGCGGUAGCGCGGAUGCGCAAUGCGCCGUAUUGGAGGCUCCUCCGAGUACCCCCCUAUCGAUGGAGAAAGCGAAAGAAGGGCGUCCGAUGGAGCCUCUCGCCGCGGAAGAGGAUGAAAAGGUGGAGGAAAACCCUCCCGUUGAGCAGGCCGAGGAUGAAAACCCCGACGCGAGCCAUGUGCAAAGCAACGCCGUGGAAGGGGCGAGCGAACCAUGGCAGUAUGCGAAUUUCAUCGCGCACCCCUCUCCGAAUCGAAUCAUGAGCUACACGAAAUUUAAGAAGCUUCUCCACCUUCGGAAUAAAAAGGAGAAGAGGCUGGCGGCGACCAAGGCCGCACGUCUAUCGCCUAAGGCGGAGGCAUCGGAUAAAGCAAGCAACGCUGAGGCGGAGGAAAUUCAGUCUACCGAGGCCGAGAGUAGCAGGGAGAAAGAGGAAAUCCAGGAGGGGAUGCCCAUUCAGGAUAAUUCACCCUCGGAUUUACCCCCUAACCAGUGCGAUACGGGCAGCCUCACAACCAAAAAGGAGGUUCGUUCUUUGCGGUUGCGAAAGGCCCCUAAAGGGAAGCUCGGGAAGAAAACCGGACAGGCGAAACGUCUCAUCGCGUGUGAGGUGGUAUCGCCCGCAGAGCCCUUAGAGGAAGCAACGACGGCUGUAGAAGUGAAAGGUAUCGUGGAUGAAUCCGGGCGAUACCCCCCCGCUGUGGAAACACAAAACGAGGCUGAAAUAUCUCCCCCAAAAGACGAAUCCCCUGCGUCCCCUAAGGACCUUUCCAAGGCCUCGCCCGCGAUCGUGAACGAUUCCCGUGGUACUGCCGUGGAGUCGCCUUCGCCGAUUCUAGGGAGGCGCUACGCGAAUAAAAUUCAACGAAAGAAAGUCCGAACGGCGCCCUCCUUUCCAACGCAGCGGCAUUCACGGGAGGUCUUCAACGAUAAUACGGAAAUAAGGAAGCCAACGAAGCCUUUUAUCGAUGGGGGGGGGCGAAUUUAG